GUCAAUGUGAACCUCUCAGCUAGAAUACCUCCAGUUCCUUCAAGUUGCUUCACUAUCACUCAAUUGCUACACGAUGUCGGCUCCUUCAUUCUCCCGACUUGUCCGCUUCCUAGCCAAGAACGGCCGCACAUACUAUGGAGAUGCCAUUCUCCCCAAAGGAGUCUCUGACAUCGCGAAAGCUACUCAGGCUAAAGUAAUCACGGGCGAAAUAUUUGGAAAGCAUGAGGUUACAGAUCAAAUACAAGAUAUUCGGCUCUUACUUGCACCUUUAGCAGAUGAGGAUGUCAAGACUGUGAGGUGUUUGGGAUUGAACUAUGAGCAGCACGCUAAGGAGUCAAAUAUGCCAAUUCCAAAAUUCCCAGUUCUAUUUUACAAACCCAUCACAUCUCUCUCCGGCCCUACUGAUCCCAUCCCCAUUCAUCCAAUGGCUCAAGAAGGCACGGGUCUUGACUACGAAUGCGAACUUGUUGCAGUCAUCGGAAAAUCCUGCACCGAUGUCCCAGAAUCCAAAGCUUUAGAUUAUGUUCUCGGUUAUGCCGUUGGUGACGAUGUAUCGCAUCGGGAAUGGCAGAUUCAACGCGGAGGUGGUCAAUGGGCGCUCGGAAAGGGAUUCGAUGGAUGGGCUCCUUACGGUCCGGGCAUUGUCUCCAGUCAAUUAAUCAAAGAUCCGCAAAACCUCAAGAUCUUCACCAAAUUGAAUGGGAAGACAGUGCAAGAAAGUAGUACAAAGGAUAUGAUUUUCGGCGUGGCUAAAACCAUUGCCUUUUUGAGUCAGGGAACUACAUUGUUGCCCGGUGACCUGAUUUUUACUGGAACUCCACAAGGUGUAGGAAUGGGAAGAAACCCACAGGUGUGGUUGAAGGAUGGUGAUGUGGUUGAAGUUGGUCUAGAAGGUGUAGGCAGUUGUAUCAACAAGGUUGAGUUUACCCAGACCAAAGAGAAGGCGAAGUUGUAAACUCUUCAGACAUAGAGAAGUGCGACGUAAUGUAAUUGAAUAUCAACAGAGUACCUGCAUUUUGGGAACCCUCGUAUCUUUUUCCACUGUACCACUUUAUUUUCGCCGAAAAUUUCUAUCCUUCAUCGACAAGUAUAGUUCGUGUUUUUCGGAUCUAUUUGACGGCAAUGUACCCAAUUUCAUUUCAUCAUCUAGUGGUAAAGGUGCGGGAGGUUUUGAUCUAGCGGCCCUCGCCUAUGGGCUAAUAUCUGUCCCAAUCUAUAAGUUUAUACCAACUGUAGCGGGAAGUUUGAAAUAUAUAGAUCGUUGGUUCUA